ACCGCCGCCGCCAGGAUGCGCAUCCUCAGGAACCGGCGCGAGUGGGUAAGUAUUGCGCAGUACUCCACCAGCAGCACGAGCUGCAGCUCCAGCAGCCACAGCUGCGAGAGUCCGACGGAGCCCGCCUUCAGGCACGUCGGUCGCCACGCCACGGGCUUCCACGUCUGGAGGGUGGAGCAUCUGCAGGUGGUGACCGUCCCCCGCGACCAGUGGGGCACGUUCUACGACGCCGACUCCUACCUCGUGUUCGCCUCCGCCGAGCGCGAUCUGCCGGCCGGACCCAACACCAGGGUGCGGGAGGUCCGCAGCGCGCCGCUGGAGCAGCACAUCCACGUGUGGGUGGGCGGCGCGGCGGGCCCCGACGAGAGCGGCGCGGCCGCCUACAAGGCCAGCGAGCUGGACGAGUCGCUGGGCGGGCGCAGCGUGCUGCGCAGGGAGCUGCAGGGCCACGAGUCCACGCGCUUCCUGGGCUACUUCAAGCACACCGGCAUCAGGGUGCUGAAGGGCAGCGUGAGCGUGGGGGCGGUCCCGGGGGCGGUGGUGGGCCCCGGGGCCGGCGCCCGCCUCUUCCGGGUGUCCGGGCGGCCGGGCCGCCGCUGCCCUGUGGUGACGGAGCUGGCCAGCGUGGCCUGGCGCCACUUCUCCUCCGGCGGCGUCUUCCUCGUGGCCACGCCGCACGCCCUCGUCCUGUGGAUGGGCCGCUACGCCGGCGCGGGCGAGCGCCUGCAGGCCGCCCGGGUGGCGUCCGCCAUGCGCGACGAGCUCAGCUCGCGCGUGCUCAUCCUGGUCGAGGAGGGUCGCGAGGUCCUGCUGCCGCCGGACAAGUUCGCGCUGCUGGCCGAGGCGCUGGACCCGCGACGCGCCGCCCUGGAGGUGCACCACGCGGCGCCGCCCUCGCACGGCGCGCACGGCCUCGACGCCACGGACCUGCAGCGCGCCGCGGACCGGCCCAGGAUCACGCUGUACCACUGCGCCGACAAGGACGACACCUGCAUGGUGACCGAGGUGAAGAGCGGCCCGCUGGACCACUCGGACCUGUCGCACUCGGACUCGUACAUCGUGGACCACGGCAGUGUGGGCGUGUGGGUGUGGCUGGGCCGGCUGGUGGGCGAGCGCGACCGCCUGGAGGCGAUGCGCAACGCGCAGGGCUUCGUGCGCAAGAAGGGGUACGCCGCCCACACGCCCAUCACGCGCGUCACUGACGGCUGCGAGCCCUCCGAGUUCCGCUGCCUGUUCCGGACGUGGCACCACGCCGCGCCCGUGGCCGCCCCCAAGAACGGCAAGUCCGCGGCCAAGCCGGCCACCACGGUGCACACGCGCAUGGACGCGCUCGCGCUGCGCGACAACGCGCGCCUGGCCGCGGAGCUGCGGCUGCUGGACGACGGCUCGGGGGAGUCGCGGCUGUGGCGCGUGAGCCGCGCGGGGCUGGUGGGCGUGCCCGCCAAGCGCUUCGGCCGCCUGCACUCGGGGGAGUGCUACGUGCUGCACUACCGCUACGGCCACCCCGCGCAGCACGCCGUCUUCUACUGGCUGGGCCGCACGGCGAGCGGCGAGCGCCAGGCCACGGCGGCGCUGUGGGCGCAGGAGAAGGCCCGCGAGCUGGCCGACGAGACGGGCGGCGAGGCCGCGGCCGUGGUGGUGCGCGUGCUGGAGGGCCGCGAGCCGCCGUCCAUGCGCGCCAUCUUCAGGGGCAGGCUGGCCGUGCUGAGCGGCGAGGCGCCCCCCGACGACGCGGCCAACGGGCUGCCGGCCAGCUUCCUGCUGCGCGUCGACGGCGCGCAGAACCACGACACGCGCUCCGUGCAGGUGCCGCGACGCUUGGCGUCGCUGCGGAGCGGCGCCGUGUUCGUGCUGCGCUCCAAGCGCGGCGGCUGGUUCCUCUGGUGCGGCCGCGGCUCCACGGGCGACCAGCGCGAGAUGGCCAAGCGCGUGGCCGUGUCCGCGGGCGCCGGCGGCGACCUGGCCGUGGUGUACGAGGGCCAGGAGAAGGACGACUUCUGGACGGCGCUGGGCGGCACCAACGUCGGCGUCGGCGAGGACAUCAAGGACGUCGACGAGGACGACGGCGAGCAGGCGGAGCAGCAAGACGCCAGGGCCGCCAGGCUGUUCGCCUGUCUCGGGGCCUCGUCGUCCGCAUUUGCGGUGGAGGAGCUGCCGAAUGUGUCGCAGCAGGAGCUGAGUCCGGACGAAAUCCUGAUCCUGGACGCGAGGGACACGAUCUACGUGUGGAUCGGGCGCCAGACCAGUCGGGAGGCGAGGCAAAAGGCCACUGCACUCGCUAUCGAGUUUUUGAAAACGGACCCUGCGUCUCGAGAACUCAGCAAUCCAAUAGUCCUGGUGCGCCAGGGCCACGAGCCGCCGAUGUUCACCGGUUUCUUUGCGUCGUGGGACCCGAGACUGUGGGAUGAUUACCAGUCUUUCGAUGAAGUGCGAGCCCAUCUCGAAGGACGUCCUGUCCCUAACUUGACGCAACAGUCGACUGCAGAUUUGCCUUGUAUUCGGGAGUUCGAGGAUCAGGAUAAAUUUCCUCUCCAACUGCUUUUGGAUCCUGACAUUUCACACCUUCCACACACAGUAGAUGUUUUCCGUAAAGAGCUUCAUCUGACACACAGUGAUUUUGUAUCUGUGUUUGGAAUGGACUACCCCACAUUUGCUCAACUUCCACUUUGGCGUCAGCACAAUCUGAAGAAGUCUGCAGGACUCUUCUGAAAAGCAAUUAAACUAAUAUUAUCACGUCUCCAACAGUUGAAGAUGUUGCAGAGGAAAAAUUACAGAGCUGCACUAUUAGGAUGCCACAUUAUCAAAUUACAAUGUGCAACUACCACAAUAAGUUUCUUGACUCCAGCUAAUAAAAUGAGGAACACUUUUGUAACUUUGGUUGAUGUGCACAAGCAAGAUGUGCAAAUGCAUUAGCUUUUCUUACGUAGCAACUAGCAGCCAAAAAUCUAUGGGUUUGUAAUGAUAAGCACGCAACAGCAGCAAUGUAAAAAUUUUUCCAUAGAAAUGUACUUUGUAGAAAUAGAUUUGCCAAGUGGGUAUGAAGAAAUAGUUUGCUAACAAAGCUGUUUCUAUUUUA